UACUUGCUUUAUCUAUCCAUUUACCCAUUUAUCAUUUUUUAAAUUCAUUUUACAUUAAUAUCACAUUGAAUAUACACUUUCAGAAUGAUACACUGGGGUGGGUUAAGAUAUACAAGAGACUUGGAUUCUAGCCUGGCUCAGUGACCUUGGGCAAUUCACUCUUCUCUGUUUUCUCAGCUGAUUGAAAGGUUGAAAGGGCCCAUUCAGUUGAAAGGUUGAAAGGGCCCAUUCAAUCGUUUAGUUCUCUACAUGUUUUAAAUAGCUAAAACUUUUUUACUUUAGCCCUUUAGAAUAGAACUCUCUUUGUAAUGACUAAAUGCUCCACUGCUUUCUUGAAUAGUAUAUUAAAUGUAUUUCUCCAUGGUUUUAACACCAGUAUUGGGCUUUAGUACCCUGAUGCCCAAAGAGUGUGUUAAGAUUAAUUGAGUGCAUGGAGGACUUUUUGCUCAUUUUCUGUUAUGGUUCUAGAUUGUUGUGUUCUUGCAAUCUUUUGUCUUUCUUUUUUUUCCCUCCUCUUAGUGGCUUUUAAGGUUUUCUACUGUCAAGUGUGAACUGCCAUAACAAAGUACCACAAACUGGGUGAUGCAAAACAACAAAACUGUUUUCCCUCUCAUUUCUGGAAGUCGGAAGUCUGAAACACGAUGACAGCAGGGACGUGCUCCUCUAAUGGCUCUGUGGAACAAUCCUUCCUUGCUCUUCUUUGCUUCUGAUAGUUGCUAGCAGCCCUUCACAUUCCUUGGCUUAUAGCUGCAUCACUUCAAUUUCUGCCCUGCUCUUCACAUGGCCCUGUUUUCCCUGUAUCUUUUUGUCUCCAAAUCUUUCUCUCUUUAUGACGAUUUCAGUCAUUGGAUUAGGACCCACCCUAAACCAGUAUGACCCCAUCUUACCUUGAUUAUACCUAUUUCCAAAUAAGGUCACAUUCACAGAUAUAGGGGGUUAGGACUUGAACAUAUAUUUUGUGGAGGACACCAUUCAGCUCACAGCAAGUGCCAUGGUCUCUAGCUGAGCCCUCCCCGUUCCAAAUUUGCUUCUCUUUAGUUCCUAUGGUUUAGGAACCAAAAAACCCAAUCAUAUGAGAAUUGCAUAUAGACUGGAUAUUUAGAAACAGUGAGGCUCUAUUGUAUGAGUUUUAGUAUAUAAUAUUUCAUAUUAAUGUUCAGAGGCUUUUUUUAAGAUCAUCAUUAUUUUGGAGUUCCAAGUUUGUGCCCUGAAUAUCAGUGACAAGUUACUAUGUAUUGUAAGAUUUCUCAUCAUAUCAGCAAACACUUACUGUGCACCUGCCAUGCUAGUUUAAUGUCUAUUUCCUGGUAGGAGACAUACUUCCAAAUCUUUUUGACCGAAGAGAAGGAAACCGUAUAUGCCUAAAGCUUUUGAAUUUUUGAUGGAUGACUUUUUAAAUUGCUGAGCCUAAUCAUUGGUUGUGUAUGUCAUUGUUUAGAUAUCCUUGGAGCUUUUGGAUAAUGUGACAAUUGGGAUGCAGUGAUGUCGACUCUCUGUCCACCACCAUCUCCAGCUGUUGCCAAGACAGAGAUUGCUUUAAGUGGUGAAUCACCUUUAUUAGCAGCAACCUUCGCUUACUGGGACAAUAUUCUUGGCCCUAGAGUAAGGCACAUUUGGGCCCCGAAGACAGAACAGUUACUCCUCAGCGAUGGAGAAAUAACAUUUCUUGCCAACCAUACCCUAAAUGGAGAGAUCCUUCGAAAUGCGGAGAGCGGGGCUAUAGACGUAAAGUUUUUUGUCUUGUCUGAAAAAGGAGUAAUUAUCGUUUCGUUAAUCUUCGAUGGAAACUGGAACGGGGAUAGGAGCACAUACGGACUAUCCAUUAUACUUCCACAGACAGAACUUAGCUUCUACCUCCCACUUCACAGAGUGUGUGUGGACAGAUUAACACACAUCAUCCGGAAAGGCAGGAUAUGGAUGCACAAGGAAAGGCAAGAAAAUUUCCAGAAGAUAGUCUUAGAAGGCACAGAGAGAAUGGAAGAUCAGGGUCAGAGUAUUAUUCCAAUGCUUACUGGAGAAGUAAUUCCUGUGAUGGAGCUACUUUCAUCUAUGAAAUCACACAGUGUUCCUGAAGAAAUAGAUAUAGCUGAUACCGUUCUUAAUGAUGAUGACAUUGGUGAUAGCUGUCACGAAGGCUUUCUUCUCAAUGCCAUCAGCUCACACUUGCAGACCUGUGGCUGUUCUGUUGUAGUAGGGAGCAGUGCAGAGAAAGUAAAUAAGAUUGUAAGAACAUUAUGCCUUUUUCUGACUCCAGCAGAGAGAAAAUGCUCCAGGUUAUGUGAAGCAGAAUCAUCAUUUAAAUACGAGUCAGGGCUGUUUGUACAAGGCCUACUAAAGGAUUCCACUGGAAGCUUUGUGCUGCCCUUCCGGCAAGUCAUGUACGCUCCCUACCCCACCACACACAUAGAUGUGGACGUCAACACCGUCAAGCAGAUGCCACCCUGUCACGAGCAUAUUUAUAAUCAGCGUAGAUACAUGAGGUCUGAGCUGGCAGCAUUCUGGAGAGCCACAUCAGAAGAAGAUGUGGCUCAGGACACCGUCAUCUACACAGACGAGAGCUUCACUCCCGAUUUGAAUAUUUUUCAAGAUGUCUUACACAGAGAUACUCUAGUAAAAGCCUUCCUGGAUCAGGUCUUCCAUUUGAAACCUGGUUUAUCUCUCAGGAGUACUUUCCUUGCACAGUUUCUGCUCGUCCUUCACAGAAAAGCCUUGACGCUAAUAAAAUACAUAGAAGAUGAUACGCAGAAGGGGAAAAAGCCCUUUAAAUCGCUGCGGAACCUGAAGAUAGACCUUGAUUUAACAGCAGAGGGCGACCUGAACAUAAUAAUGGCUCUAGCUGAGAAAAUCAAACCAGGCCUCCACUCGUUUAUCUUUGGAAGACCCUUCUAUACUAGUGUACAGGAACGAGAUGUCCUGAUGACUUUUUAAAUGUGUAACUUGUUCAGCGCAUUUUGUCACAUCAUCAUUGCUGCUACAGUAGCUCAGUGGUGUUGGGAAACAUAAAUCCCUAGAGUCCUACUCGGCACUGGCAGUUGGUUAGUUACACUACAGUUGUCACCAAGAGUCUGUAAGGGGAUGUCAGGUGCAUUGUUACAGCAGGUGCACCUUUUCUUGGAUGUGCUCUCUUGGGAUACAGGCUUAUGUUUACAAUUAUAAUAAAUAUUAUUGCUAUCUGUUAAUGAUGUAGGGUAUAAACUUGACCACAACUACUGUUUUUUUGAAACUUAGGAUUCACGGUUUACAUGUAUCUAAGUAAAAUCUGUGUUAGCUUUCACAGAGGUAAUACUAUUUGACUUUCCAUCUCUUGGUGUUUCUUGGUAUGUGGGAUUACUAUAAUACUUUCACAAUCAGCUGAAAAUUAGAGCAUCAGAAUCAUUUCAGUUCCACAAAAGGAAGUUGGCUUGGACAUAGGUUAAGUUUUAGAAAGAAAAUGUUUAUCAAGUAGAUGUUUUAUUGAAAUUAAUGAUUAGAUCCUACUUUGCAGACAGUCUUUCGGAUUCAGUCAGUGUAGAAAUGUCAGACAGGAUAGAGUCUUGAUGAUGGUGAACCACAGUCAGAGUUUUUCUUUGUGUGUUGAGCUCUGUCAAAGAAUAUUUAGAAAAUUGGAUGUUAUGUUUCAGUAGUUAUUGCCAACUUUUUAAAUUAAUUUCCAUUAUUUUUGAGCCAAAUUGAAAUGAGUACCUCCUGUGCCUUUUUUUUUCCCUUGGAAAAUAGAAUUGCUUGGAAGAAGUGCAGGUUUCACUUGUCAGUCAUUUUUAUCUUGUUUUCCUCUUGUAUAAUCUUACUCUGAUUUAGCAAUCAGUAUAACUCCGAGAUUUUUAAAUGCAAUAGAGAAAUACUGACUAGUUAGAUUUUUUUUUUUUUUUCAGGAACAAGAAUAGUAUCUUCUUCCUUAAACUUCUGCCCAUAUUUUUGAAGUUGUUGCCAUGUCUCUUUGCCUGCAUCAUGUGAGGACUAGCAGGAGAAAGUUUAUUGAUGUGCUGUUUUUCUAGGUGCUACUUUGGCAGAACUAAGUGGUCAAUUUCUUUUCUUAAUGUGUUUGGACCAUCUUGCUAGCUAUAAAAUAACCAAUUAACAUAAUUCUGUGCUAGAAGAGUGUUGACAUAAUAGUACACACGAGCAUAAAAAAUAUUUUUAUUUAAAACUGUAAAAGCAACAUAAAAGGGAAAAAUAUUUAUAAGAAAGGGAUAAAAGUGAUGGAGCCCAUCUGCCCAGGCUCACUAGAUUUAACGAAAACCAACAUAGGUCCUGAUAGCCUUUAACAUCACUAAUUAGAAAGGUGUCCCAAUUUUUAGACACAUACUCAACUAGAUGAUGGAUGCUCUGUGGCUCAGUCAUGAAAAUUACAGAUUGCACCUUGUACCCCUUCUUCAAUGCUAUUUACAUGAUGGAUUAUUUAAGUGCUAAUUAUUUUGUUUUGCUCAUUUAUUGUACUGUUAUAUAGGAUGCAAGUUGUAUAGGGAAAUAAGUUAUUAAAAGCAUGUGUGCACAUUGUUAUAUAUCUUCUCCUAGAUGGAGAAUUUUGAAUAAAAUAUCUUUGAAAUUU